CAGAGAUGCGCCUCUAUCAAGUUCUUCAUCCUCUAGGCAGUCUCUACAGCCAUGACUAUUGAGGAAUUAGUUACAGACCCUACGCUGCAGCCGCUGCUGGAGACAUCGCGUACGACUCUCGCUCAGGUCCUUACUGCGCUAUCAUGGCUCGAAGCAAACUCUACCGCUGACAUUCCAACUUCGGAACAGAAGCUGGAUCUUGCGGAGCAACAGAAGAUCCUGUAUGCCCAUGUGGCCAAACUUCGUGGUCAACAUCGCCAGGCUGCCUUUGGGGCGAGAGCGACGAAACAAGACACUGCAGAAGCGAGACAGGAAGUAGAUCGACUUCUGCUUCAGCUUCAGAACUUGUACUACGAGCAGCGACAUCUGAUGGGUGAGAUCGGUGCCUGCGAAGGAUAUGAUCAUGCGUAUACACAUCUGCCACUCCUUUCACUUGAUGAAUAUCUGGCGCAGUUUCCUGAACAAGCAGGACUCCCGGAACAGGAGCUGAUGCCCCUUCGAAUCGAGCAUGAGAAGCAGGAACGCGAAAAGAUGGAGCAAGAGCGAUUGGAACUCGUAAAGAUCAAAGAUGCAUUGGUCAAAGAAAAUACAAGGAAAAAGGAUGAGCUCAAGAAGAUGGAUGACAAGCUUGAGGCCAUGAUUGAUGGCUUCAACGCGUUACAGGAAGGUCUAAAGAAGGAGCUAUGAAACCCUCACCGAUCAUCUUGUCGUUCUAUAUUGCUUCGUGGAUGUAAUUGCUAUACGGAGUCAGACCGGCUUCCGCAUCGAUGGGAUCCUCAGCGGAAAAAGGUCGUUGUCAAUGCCCUCGAUGCCCACGAUGAUAUCUGACAUACGCGACGGCAAUCAUAAGAAGAGUCAUUGUAAUUGGCAACUACCUGGCAUUACCCCAACAUCAGCUUAUACUGUGGCGCUAUGGCAUUUCGAGGAAAUCAACUUCAAGAUGAAGUGGAAUUCACCUACGCGCAACGGCACACAUGCAAGAAAACUGAGACAACUUUAUCGAUUGGAUCUACGCCACCACCAACCUUCUACCUAGCCAUCCAUCGAUAUAUCAUAAAGACUUCUCACCUGAUGGCGACAAAAAGGCUUGAUACCUUCUGACAACCUAGCCGUAUGGAAACAACGGAUCGGGAGGCACCGCGUCAUUCUCUACUCUUUCCUUCGCAACAGAAAUGCGUUACAUCAAACCUCAAAAACCAUUCCAGAGAUCGAAGCAUAUGUCCCAAGCUUGGAGCAAAUUCCUUUUGCCCAGCUGUGCUGCUCCUCCGUCGCAAAAUAUCUGCGGGGAGUUGUCGUGCGCUCCACGAAAUCGCCGGAUUCACCUAAGACUCUCUAGCCUGCCUACAGCUCUCACCAGAGUCAAUCAAUGACAACCAGGCCAAGAACAUUGCUGAGAUGACAUGAACAAAAUAAGGAGCACUCUUCUGACAAUUCUACAUCUGCUGCCCAGGUAAAACAGACCAGUCAGCGGAGCAAGAUCAUGCCACUUGCAUAUUUGUAGCAAGGAGAUGGGUACAUCUUUUCCUGAUUUGGUUUAUGGACUCGGAGCGAUUCCAACUUUGACGACAAGCAUUUUGAUCAAAAUGUUUGGAAAUCAAUUAGAACGAUCGGCUACACCGAAGAGCAGCCAGGCGCAUAGUUGGGAGAGUAAAGAAAGCGAGGACAUCAAGCGGCCGUGAAAGGAAUAAAAAUACGUUGCACAAAAAUUGGAGAAGUGACAGCUUUGCCAAACCCACCGGCAUUCGAGUUGGAUUGGGUCAAGGCAUGGCUUGACAACCAGCAUUAAACGAGUGCAGGCGGGUCGUCGACAAAGACUCGAACUCUACAACGGUCGAAGCUCGAGAAGGAGGUAUGGUACAUUGUUCUGGGACGAUUAAGGAGGGUGCAUAUUGUCAUCGGUGAAAGACAGUUGAAAGUACUCUAGACAACAGACAACAAUAAAGGUGGUCUUCCUCUGUCUCGCACUUCAACAAGGUCUCCUCAUAUUAUCUUCGCCGCUCCGUGUGGAGACUGUGCUCGGAAAUUUAUGGAGAACUAUCCCCUGGCACCAUGAUCGGAAAAUUCGGAAAAUUGACUAUCGUCUCCCUGCGGCUACGGCAAUUAGCUACGUAGCGAA